AUGUUCAGUAUGUUUUUUCAGGAUCAACAUGUAAAUGAAGAACAAGAGGAACGUAAACGAAAAUUAUACAAUAUUUGUGAUAACUGUCCAUUAACAUUUGAUGGUGCAUAUGGUCUUACUAAAACAAAUCAUUCGAUGGAAUUUUGUGAGCAAAGAAAAAAUCGUCGAGUCGGAUUAUAUUCUCAUUUCAUAUACAAGCAUCAAUUAAAAAAAGUUUAUGUUCAACGUUUGUUGCGAGCUGUUGCCGAUAAGCAAGAUCCUAGGAUAACAAAAUUAUUUGAUGGGAAUGAAAAUGUAAUUGAUCAUUUUUAUAAAGUUCCAUGUCCUUUUUUUAAUGGACGAAUUAAUUUACCAGAAUAUAAUCAACAAAAUGUAGCAACUAUACAAUGUCAAUGUCGAUCAAUUCCACUUAAUACAUUAAAACGUCAUUUACUAAACAAUCAUAAGGUUUCUAAACCGUUGGCACAAAAAUUAGUUAAUGGUUUCAAAGAAUAUCGAACAAAAAAUGCUACUGCUUUGACUCCACUAAUUCUAUCAACAUGA